CUAUUCUUCUCCAUCAACAUCCUUUCGGACUCCUCAAUAACACCGCAAAGCGUGUUUGUUCGUGGACAUCUUCCUUGCGAUUUCACAUUUGCAAUUUUGAUUGCUGCGGAAGGCCGUCGGGAUCUGUCAAUCUACUUGGCGCACUUUGUGUUCACAAACCAGCCAGCUCGGUACCGCUCUCCUGCAAGCCGGAAUGCCUCCUCAAAUUUACGACGAAGAGGCCUCGGAUUACAUCAGUGAUGCUGAGGAAGAUCCAGCACCCGAGCCCGUCAAGGUGAAGCAAGAAAAGAGAGGCAAGACCAAGACAAGGAUCGAGGAGCCAGAGCCCGAAGAGUCGCUGAUGGUUGAAUCUGAGAACGCGGAGGAAGAUGAAGAUGAAGAAAUUGGUGAAGAUGAAUACGUCGUAGAGAAGAUCACCAGUCAUGCCAUAGACGAAUCCGGUGUUCUGAGAUUCCAGGUUAAAUGGGAGGGAUACGACAAUAAGGAGGACCGAACAUGGGAACCCGAAGACAACUUGUUAGAGACCGCGGAAAAGAUGGUGAACGAGUACCUCGCAUCAGUCGGAGGCAGAGAUCAAAUCUUCACCCAAUGGGAGGAGAAAAAGGCGGAGCUUGCUGAACCAAAGAAAGGAAAGAAACGUGGCCGAGCUAGUUCCGGCGUCGACACACCUACAAACGGCUCAAAGAGAGGUCGGAAGCCAAAAUACGAGCACCCACUUGAUACCACACCACCAGCCAGCGCAUCGCGCGCAGAGUUCCAACCCCCGACUGGAAACUGGGAGAAUGAGGUAGGGGCUAUCGAUGCAUUCGAGGGUACUGAUGGCAAACCUAUGGUCUUUAUUACUUGGAAGACAGGUCAAAAGUCACAACAUCCUCUUGCCCAAGUUUAUAAGCGAUGCCCACAAAAGAUGCUCCAAUUCUACGAACGCCAUCUAGUAUUCAAAAGAAACGACCCCGAACCCAAGCAAGAAUACGACGAAGCAUAGACAUCACCCUAUCUAUGCAACCGCCCCCCAUUCGUUGUACACAAGUAACCAGCCCUUGCACAUUCAAAUCCCUCCUACCUACCUACCUAUCUACCUGCACACUGCCGACCUCUCCGAUGUUAUGAUACACACCUUCUGAACUUGAGCUUUGGGACACACGGCGUUGGAUGGCAAUGGGUGAUAUCUAUGAAGCUCACGUUGAGUUUGGGGUUGACUGAAUGCGAUAUGUAUCAUAAGAGCAAGUAAAAAGAAAAAGCAAGAAGAGGUUUCUUAGCUAGUUAAUUGAGAACUUCUGACCGAUUUGACAUAACCGCAACUUGCUUUGCUAUUCUGCUUCC